AUGUCAACCUCACAACCGCCACCAAAAUCAAUCCUCAAAAAGACGUCCUCGCACACAAACACAUCAGACCCUUCAGACUCUCUCACCGCAACCCUCAAAAUAAAGCCAAAAUCCGACAUUGAGCGCAAACGCCUGCAAACAGCAAUCUCGCACGCCACACUAAUACAAGAACAAAAAGCCAUCCUGCGCAAAAACCUAGACGCCAUCGAAGAACUCUCUGAUAUCCCGCUAGAAAGCUGUGCUUCUGUGGCAGAAACGGAGAGAUUUCUGGAUGCAAUGGUGGAUUUUCAGGGUAGUGAUUAUGAUGCGCUGAUAGAGGAGAGACAUGUCAAUGGACGCUGUGGGUAUGCACUGUGUGCCAAUGCGCCGCGGAAGGCGUUACCCAAGGCGCCGUGGAUCAAAGAUAGGGGGCAGGAGAUGUGGUGCACAGAUGCGUGCGCAAAGAAAGCUCUGUAUAUCAAAGCCCAGCUCUCAGAGACACCGGCUUGGGAGCGCAGGGCCGGAGAUCGUAAUCCUUUGGUGCUGUACGGCGGAUCCCAGACCAGCUCUUCGCCACAACAAAUGCAACUGCCUGUGCGACAAAAGGCGACACCCACAGAAAUCUCAGGGCGCGAACUGGCGUAUGAGCGCGGCGAAGUCGACACAGUGGCGGCAGCAAAGAUGGAUAUGGUGUUGGCAGCACAAGUGCAAGAAAACAGCAUCAUAUCCUCCGUCAUGCCACCCACGGCAACGAGUUUCGCAGACAGCGAUGUGCACGACUUGAUCGAAGGCUAUCAACCGCGGGGUGUGCAGCAAGGCAAUCGCAUCACCAUCAAGUCCGAGGAUGCAGACAGCGAACAUGAGGAUGACUGA